CUAUAGGCGCCGCUUUUCUGACGGCGGCGGCGGCGUCAACACCAAAUCUUAACCGAAGGUUAAGUUUUUGAAAUGACAGCAUAACUUAGAAAGUAUAUAAACCUAGUUCAUGAAACUUGGCCAUAAGGUUAAUCAAGUAUUACUGAAUAUCUUGCCUGAGUUUCAUGUCACAUGACCAAGGUCAAAGGUCAUUUAGGGUCAAUGAACUUAGACCAUGUUGGGGGAAUCAACAUCAAAAUCUUAACCUAAGUUUAAGUUCUUGAAAUGUCAUCAUAACUUAGAAAAUAUAUGGACCUAGUUCAUGAAACUUAGACAUAAGGUUAAUCAAGUAUAACUGAACAUCCUACAUGAGUUUCACGUCACAUGACCAAGGUCAAAGGUCAUUUAGGGUCAAUGAACUUUGGCCGAAUUGGGGGUAUCUGUUGAAUUACCAUCAUAACUUUGGAAGUUUAUGAAUCUGAUUCAUGAAACUUGGACAUAAUAGUAAUCAAGUAUCACUCAACAUCCUGUGCAAGUUUCAGGUCACAUGCUUAAGGUCAAAGGUCAUUUAGGGUCAAUGAACUUUGACCUAAUUGGGGGUAUUUGUUGAAUUACCAUCAUAACUUUGAAAGUAUAUUGGUCUAGUUCAUAAAACUUGGACAUAAGAGUAAUCACGUAUCACUGAACAUCCUGUGCGCAUUUCAGGUCACAUGACCAACGUCAAGGUCAAUGAACUUUGGCCAUAAUGGGGGUAUCUGUUGAAUUACCAUCAUAACUUUGAAAGUUUAUGAAUCUGACUCAUGAAACUUGGACAUAAUAGUAAUCAAGCACCACUGAACAUCCUGUGCGAGUUUUAGGUCACAUGCUCAAGGUCAAAGGUCAUGUUAGGUCAAUUAACUUUGGCCAUGUUGGGGGUAUUUGUUGAAUUACCAUCAUAUCUCUGUAAGUGUAUUGGUCUAGUUCAUAAAACAUGGACAUAAGUGUAACCAUGGAGGCAGAACACUGAACAUCUUGUGCGAGUUAUAUUAGUUUUCAAAGUCAGCACUGCUGCUAUAUUGAAUCCCGGUGAAAUCCGCCAGGGGGGCAACUUGCCCCCCCCCCUGCCCCCCCCCCGCCUGUUACGCCACUGGCAGAGGCAUGGAACUUUUCAUGCAUUACCAUAUUAAACCCCUUUAUGAAUGAUUCCCACUCCAAUGCAUGUAUACGUGUAUUUCAAGUUUGACGAGAUGGUGUCUCGGCAAAAAUCACAAUGGAUUGAUGUUCAUUUUACAUUGUACUUCCCCAUUCUAUCCGAUGCAUUUGAAUUUGUUUUCAAUUAUCAAAGGAAGUUGGGCAUAUUUCGCCGAGCUCGACCUCGCUUGCUGAUGUUUUAAAACGCCUCAAUAUGUCCUGAUAUAUUUGGAAAGAGGGCGGUGCCACCGGGGGGGGGGGGAUGACAACGAACCCAUGAUUGUUCUUAAGUAGUAAAAAACGAGGAAGGGGAAAGAUGAAGGAGAAGAAAGAAAGAAGAAGAGUAUAAAAAUGAGAGAUUUGGGUCACGUAACUAUCCGAUACUCUAUUAUUGGUGGAAAAUAUAACGUCACAUUUUAGGUCCCUCCCCUUAUGAACAUAUCUUGCGUUCCACGUUUGUGAGGGGGGAUGUCUUGAGACUGGGUGGUUGCGGGGCUGAUGUGAGUCUUAAAAUAUAUUCAUUAACCAUUAUCAAGAUUUUGUAAGAUAUAUAAUGAAGCUGUAAGGUUUCAUAAAAGGAAGCUAAAUAAACUAUUCCUUAUCCUGUAAAAUUAAUGUUAUCAUUCUAAAAUUUGAAAUCUUCUUUUAAUGUGUUUUACAGGUUGAUGACUCCAGGUAUUGGAGAGACCAUGAGUGGAGAGCAAGUUGCAAAGGUGAUUGCUAGUAAGGAUAAAAAACUGCCAGUGGGUACUCUAGUUCAGGCUCAAACUGGAUGGACAACGCAUUCCAUUGUAAAAGGAAGUGACGUCACACCUGUCCCCAAAUUCACCUCCUCCGAUUGGCCAAAGUCUCUCGCCCUUGGUCUGCUCGGUAUGCCUGGAAUUACGGCGUACUUCGCUUUCCUGGACUGCUGUCGCCCUAAAUCCGGAGAAACAGUGGUUGUCAGUGGAGCUGCCGGUGCCGUGGGCGCCGUGGUGGGACAAAUAGCCAAAAUAAAGGAGUUAUAA